AUGUCAAUAAAAAAUAUAUCAGGAAAACGAGUACUUUGUUUGGCAGAUGUUCGAGGUGAUUUCGAGUCGUUGAACCGACUCGCGGAUGAACAAUCUGCUGACUUGAUUAUACACACUGGUGAUAUUGGAUUCUUAGAAAAGAGCAGCUUGGAAAGAGCAACUGAGAAGGUUAUCAAACAUCUGAUAACGUAUUCACCAAUAAUAAAUCAGGAAACGCGUCAACAUUUACUCAAUCAACAAAAUGUUUCAUCUUUACGCUCAGCUUUGAUAGACAGUGAUAAGAAUUUGUUGAGCACUUUCCCACAAUUAGUAGAUCAAACUAUCAAAUUGAAAGUACCAGUUUAUGCUGUCGCUGGUGCAUGUGAGGACGUCGCUAUACUUGAGAAGAUACGCAUGAAAGAAUACAAGAUAGACAAUUUAUACGUAUUGGAUGAAGCAUCUAGCUAUUUACUCCAUAUUGGUAAUAUCAAACUAAGAUUAUUUGGUAUUGGUGGCGCAUUCGUGCUUCAUAAACUCUUCGACAACGGUGACGGACAGGCGACAAUAGCAGGUGGACAGGGCACCACCUGGAUAACAGCUCUGCAAGUUGGUGAACUUAUAGACACAGCCAAGAAAGUGUACGAUCCGUCAGAAACAAGAAUGUUGAUUACACACUCUCCACCAGGAAGAGAAGGUUUAUUAGCUCAAUUGGCACUCGUACUUAAGGCGGAUUUGACGUUAUCAGCAUCGUUGCAUUUCAGAAUGAGCUCGUCAUAUAAUGAUUUCUCCGUCGUGCCAAAUUAUGAAGUCUUCAUGCAGAAGCUGGUCAAUGGUAGAGCGGCAGUACACAACAUUUACAAUAGUGUUAAAGAGCAACUUGAGCAAGUUUUAGACAACAAUCAGAGGAUCUUACUUGAUAACUUCCUUUUGGUCACUGAUAGAGUACCUGCACCUAACACUGGCAAAUCACUCAGCCAUGAAGAGGCUUGGAAACAUACCUGGCAUUUCAACCUUUCCGAUGUGUCAGUUGGAUCUGUCGUCUUAAAUGUCAAGGAUGGGAAGAUUGGCUCAGAGAUCAAGUCAGAAGGUUUCACUUACUCACAUCGUAACGCCUUAGCUGAGAAUAAAUCACCUUCUUCCGCCAGUAAUGAAUUAGCGAACGAUAAUGGAAGUACUAAAUCAAUAGCGGUACAACCACAAGUAGAAUCAAACAACGCAAAUGCAGAUAAUACCACAAAUCCACCAUUAUCACCAACACUAAAUCAACAGUAUAAUACCAAUAACCCUCGCAAAAAGAAUCCAAACACUUUAUUUAUAAGAGGACUUCCAAUACCUUGCUCAGAAGAUGAAAUCAAAGAUUACUUUAGUAACUUCAAAGAAUCUAUUACGACAAUUAAAAUAUUAACAGAUCACAAAACUGGUAAUCAACGCGGAUUAUCUUACGUUGAAUUUAAUAAUCAAAAUGAUAUGUUAUCAGCUGAGAAAAUGACAGGUGGUAACAUUAAAGAAUCCACAUUAUCUAUACAGGUAUCUGACAAUAGCGCUGGUAAAAAUCCAAACGGGCGUAAAGGUAUUGGAUAUAAGAAUAAAAACAAAGCUUAAUCUAUUUUCAAUAACUUUCUUUUGUAAU